AAAUACACCUGGACUAGUGGAUAGGCUGUACUUAAUACUGAUGUUCACCGUCCUCUGGAGAGAGGCUACCUCAGCAACGACUGCUCACUGCCGGAAAUCCAGCGCAUCAAAACCGCUCUCACGGAGGGUCACGCUAGAGUACCCGACCUCAAGAUUUACGCCCUGUAUGCUGUAAGCGACCUUCCAGUCUCGGAGCAGUUUCUGGUGAAGUUUGUUGUGUGGUAUAACGACAUAUGUGCAGCGAGCGCAGCAGAGAGGUUUGACGGAAUUGCCGUGAACAAUGAGGCUUUCUCAAAAAUCAAAUGUGGGAAGGAGAAGCCAAUCAAGACAUAUCUGGAUAACUUGAUGGCUGUCAAGAAAGAGGCCAAGAAGCAAGCCAAUGGCGUGCUUAAGACGCAUUAUUCCAUUGGCUGGCACUGGGGACUACAGUGUACCACUGGCCCAGCGACAUCGAGGCUGAUCAGCUGGGGCGGCAAGAGGGCAAAGGUCACUACCCACAUGAUUGACAUAUUUGACAGCGUGGACGCCCAGGUGGCGUAUACUCGUACAAGCCAAGUGGUGGAGAGAAGCAAAUGGGCCGAUUACGACUAUGCAGUGACUGUAGGCAAACCUUUCUAUACCACCAUCUACACCAACAAGGGGACAGCCUGUCAGACGACCUACUUCCCUCAGUCUUGUCCCUGGGGAGAGAAGACGGAGGCUGCCAUGUUUUCUCUCUUUGACUCCUAUCCGAAAGACAUUGAGCAUGCGCGACCUUGCAUUCAUUACUUCCGGGGCAUCUACUCCAGCGGUGGGCAUUCUGAUUGGCCAGCUCACAAACAAUCACGCGACGUGCUGGUGGGAUAAAGGUCAUGCUUCCC